CGUCGAUGGGGAGGUCACGUGUGACAGUUAUUCAUAUGAGGUUAACUGCAAGACAGAAAUUAAAAAUAAAUUUUAAAAAAACCCAAAAAAACUGCAAGACAGAUAUCAAACUUCACUUUAAAUAAGAUUAUUUUCAUUCAAACGAUGUGCGUGGGCGUUGGCCGUCUGCCAAGGCGUCCUCUCGCUGCCCUGCCCUGUGACAUCAUAGUAGCCUCCGCUGCACUUCACUGUCUCUCCGCUUGGUUUCGAACGUCUUUGGAAGAACAUUGAAUUUGUGAAACUUGCACGGUAUUAUACUUUUAUACCUCCAAACAUCAAGGAAAGAAGAAGCAGAUGACCGACCGUUCUGUGAAACUUGCCGUGAACUGUGUUAAUCAGAAUAGCUGGACCCUGUCCGACGACGACAAGUUGAGAAUGGCCAUCAAACUUCCUGCGAUCACUAAAGGUCUGGUGGACAACAGGAACCAUCGCCCACAGCUCAGUGUAAACACACAGAGAAAAAAGGAGGAGCUCCUACAGCUGACUCAUGGAAAGCAGUGGAUCAACCAGCCAAUCAUGACGCAGGAGUCAGAUCCCAGGAGGGACCGUAAAAUGGAUUUGUCUUCCACGAAGCUGAAGCCGUCAGCUCUCAUACCGAUGAAGGAUUGGGAAGAGCGGCAGCAAAAAAAUAUGCAUCGACAAAUGCUGAUGAAGGCCAAACCUGCAGUCGAUAGCAAGGGCCCCGAAACACUGCCGCUUAUUAGAGGCAUUCGGACGAAAGUCCAGGAUUCGACCUCCACGAAGCUGAAGCCGUCAGCUCUCUUACCGAUGAAGGAUUGGGAAGAGCGGCAACAAAAAAAUAUGCAUCGACAAAUGCUGAUGAAGGCCAAAGCUGCGGUCGAUACCAAAGGCCCCGAAACACUGCCGCAUAUUACAGGCAAUCGGAAAAAAGUCCAGUUGCAGAAAGAAAGGAAGAUCUGUCUCGAAAACCAGCAGAACGACCAGCGAAUCCUGAUGCUGGAAUCCGAUUUCAGGAGGGAACGCUGGGAAGCUGAGUGGGAACAGGUCCAGCAAUGGAGAGACCACUGCAGACGGUUUCCCCGAGGAGAGACCAACAAACAGGUUCUGAAGCCGUCUGCUCUCUUACCGAUGAGGGAAUGGGAAGAGCGGCAACAAAAAAAUAUGCAUCGACAAAUGCUGAUGAAGGCCAAACCUGCGGUGGACACCAAGGGCCCCGAAACACUGCCGCUUAUUAGAGGCAUUCGGACGAAAGUCCAGUAGGAAGGAAGCGCCGGACAUCGAACAGGCACAGAAAAACUCUGAAGAUGUCAAGUCACAUUUAUUGGCAAAACCCAGGAUCUAAAUAGUCUACUGAACACACUAUGCAGUUUUCCAUUUUUUUGUCAAACAGUAUUUGUAUUUAAUGUUACUGUCUGUCUGACAUUAUUAUUACCUGUUCAGUAGGAAGGAAGCGCCGGACAUCGAACAGGCACAGAAAAACUCUGAAGAUGUCAAGUCACAUUCAUUGGGAA